AUGUUUGUCAGAGCUGGGGCUGAGCUACAUCUUUUCAAUCGUGAACGUCCGAUUCGGGUUGUCAAGUUUUCGUACGAGUCGAUGUUCAUAGCCAAGUGCGUGAUGACGAUGACAACCACCUACACCGCCGACUCCUCUGCUGUCGCAUGUUCUGAGGAAAAGUUCUUCUUCAAUUUCAAAAAUGGCAUGCAACGGGCUGUGCCUUCCAGUUCCGGGCAGCAGUCGAUGACGUCGUACCUGAUUUUUCUGGCCUGCAUUGUCAAAUCUCUAUGCACGCUUCCGAUGCAAGCAUUCGUGCAUUGCAAGUACAGAUCGUCAUCUCAGUCUUUCUCCUUUUAG